CGUUACAUCUCUCUUAUCAUAUGUAUGCAAAUACUUCUUCAAACCGCUUUCAUUGGCUUAACGUCAUUUAUGCAUGACCUAUAUAACCCAUAACAGACAAGGGAUAUUACUCUUUUUUUUUUUCUCUCUCCAUUUUUUUUUCUUACUAUGACUCAGUCUCUUGUAGACGUUUACCGGGAUACGAUUCUUCCUCGGCUCACACAACGCAACAAGGCCAUUGGCAUUGGUUUAGCAGUUGCUCUUACUUUUCUUUAUUAUGUUCAGGACCGUCUAUUGAAACCUCCAAAGCAGUUUCGUCAUCUGCCGUAUCAAUCCUAUUUCGAACUCAUUCAAUCUGUUAUUCAAAAGGAAUCUUACUGGGAUCGUGCAUAUAGAACAGUCAUGCCCAAGAUAGAUACAAAAGAAAGCUGUGGUUUGUAUAUGAAACCUGCAAGAGUUGGUUGGCUGUUAAUGGUGACAAACCCUAAAGAUGUCAAACAAAUCUUAUUGAAAAGUGAACUCUAUCCUAAACUUGAUAUCAGUCGUAAAAAUGAACGUACCUUUGUUUCCAAAUUUAUAGGUGGCAAUAGUAUGCUUCUUGUCAAUGGUGAGAAAUGGAAAAGUCAAAGAAAAGUAGCGAAUCCAGCUUUCCAUCGUUCAGCACCUGUCAAGUUAUUCGGUAGUCUCACACAACAGCUUUUUGAAGUGAUUGAGGAAAACGAUAGUUCAAGAGCAAAUGUGGGUGAUCUAAUGGAAAGGUGGACAUUAGAUGCCAUUGGAAAAGCUGGUUUUGGCUUUGAUUUCAAUGCAUUAAGUCAAAAAGACAAUGCUUGGGUACAAACGUAUAACACUAUCAACAGAGGCUUACAAAGCAUCAUGUUUUUCUUGUUUCCUGUUCUUGAUACAAGUUUAUUAUGGCUAUUUCCAAAACGUCAAGCCAUGCACCGUGAAUUGAAUCGUUUUCUUGACAUGUUGAACGCCAUGAUUGUUCACAAAAGAGAGCAGAUAGAGAAUGGAGACCUUCAGAACAAGGAUUUGGAAGAGAAUGAAAAAGAUCUCUUGACGUUGAUGAUUGAAAGUGAAAAGAGAGGAGAAGGCAUUUUAUCGAAUCAAGAAUUACAGACCAAUAUUUGUUUGUUCUUUUUAGCUGGCCAUGAUACUACUUCAAAUACACUUUCUUUUGCUAUGUAUUAUCUAGCUACACAUCCUGAUAUUCAACAAAAAGCAAGAGAAGAGGCUAUUCGUGUUCUUGGUGAUGCGCCCAUGGAUAUCAUACCAACCAUAGAUCAAGCAAAACAAUUUGACUAUAUAAACCAAGUCAUCAAAGAGACACUAAGAAUCAAUGGCCCUGUUGUUGGCCUUGUACCUCGCAUUGCUACCCAAGACACAUUUCUAUCAAACACAUUUAUUCCAAAGGGUACACCUGUGAGUGUGGAUAUCUUUGGUCUUCAGCAUAGCAAUAAAGUUUGGGAACAUCCUGAAGUCUUUGAUCCUGAUCGAUUUUCUAAAACUGGAGAAGCAUCUGUGCGUGAAGCAGGUGAAGGAAUGGCCUAUGUCCCUUUCAGUAAUGGAUCGAGACAAUGUAUUGGCAUGAAUUUUAGCUUAUAUGAACAACGCGUUAUAUUAUCCAUGUUAUUGAGGAAAUAUACUUGGACUUUACCUAAAGAUUCUAUUCAUAAGGACAAACUAUUAAUGCAAGGAAACUUUAUUAUUGGUCCAUACAAUCUCGAAAUAGAUUUUAAAAAAAGAUACUAAA